AUGUCCACCGACACCCCUCCCACCUCCCGGCAAGUCACCAUGCUCUUCAAGCCCUCCAAAGCCCCCGCCGACUCCCCCCCGCUGCGCGUCUUCCUCACCCACCACCCCACCGACGCCCCCCUCGACCAGCACCUCCUCCUCCUCGCCCACGCGCUCUUCACCCUCGUCGACACCUUCAUGGCCGACCAGCUACCCACCGUCCUCCACACGCUCGGCCGCGGCGUCGCCGAGAUCGUGCAAUGCCUCGACGAGCACUGCAGCAACACGCCGAGCGACAAGAACAUCCUCGUCCGCUCCCUUGUCCGCAUCUCGAACAAGUUCGAGAAGGUACGGGAGCUCAAGCAGCGGUGGCUGCAGCUGCCGGAGGAGGAGAUGGAGCGCCUGCCGCCCUGUGAGCAUCCGACGAUCGUGGAGGCGAUCCAUGAGAGGGGCUUCAUGUAUGCGUCGACGCCGGAGUCGAUUGGUGGGGAUAUGAUCCGGAUAUAUAAUUUGGUGCUGGACUUUGUGGAGAUGGAGUUUAGGGUGCCGGAGUUCCGGUCGACGACGAUGGAGUGUGGGCGGAAUAUGGAGGGGGUGCCGGAUGUGGAGGUGAGCGAUGUUGCGAGAAUAGCGUUGGAGGAUAUAUAUGAUCGUAUCGUGCAGGUAUUUGGGUUCAUGAAGCUAUAUCCGGUGAGGUUCCUAUGA